AUGGAUAACAUAUUAACAUGGAAUGUAAGAGAGUUGAAUAGCAAGGUUAAGCAACAGGAUGUGAGGAAAUUCCUAUCCUCUCAUAAUGUGAAGCUAUUCAGCCUUCUUGAGACAAGAGUGAAGUCUCACAACAUGGGGAGGGUCUAUAUGAACUUAUGCCCAGGUUGGUGCUUCACUCAUACUAAUUCUUGCCAUGGGAAUGGAAGAAUAAUGGUGGGAUGGUGGCCUCAUGACUUUAGGAUUAACAUUAUUGAGAUGACUAGUCAGUACAUUCAUUGUGCUGUUAAGCCUACUCAAGGUAAUGCUGAAUUUUGGUGCACUUUUGUGUAUGGUUUUAAUGACUGUAAUAGUAGGACUGAGUUAUGGACAGGGUUGAGGAACAUUGCAAGUAAAUGUAAUCUGCCAUGGGUAGUGCUUGGGGAUUCUAAUGCUCUAUCUAGGAUUGAAGAUAGAAUAGGAAGCUUGGUGAGAAUGGCUGAAAUAAAACCUAUGCUGGAUUGCCUGAUUGAAUGUGGGUUAGUUGAUAUGAAAUCAAGUGGGAGGCAUUAUACCUGGUCAAAUAAGCAGGACGGUGCUGCAUUGGUAAUGUCUACAAUUGAUAGAGCAGUUGUUAAUAAGCACUGGCAGGAGAUUUUUGAGAAUGCAGAAGCUGUGUUUUUACUAGAAGGGGACUUUGAUCACACACCUAUACUUCUAAGUGUGUAUCCUGAGCCUCCACAGAAGAAAAAGUUCAGGUUUUGCAAUGCUUGGUGUGAAUAUCCUGUAGUUAUGGAGGCUAUGAGGAGGGAAUGGAGCAAGUUAGUGGUGGGAUGCCCAAUGUACAGGGUGAUUGAGAAGCUCAAGAAGGUGAGAGAGGCUCUUAGACAGCUUAAGAAGCAAGGGGUUUGUGUUGUGGAUAUGGAGGAGGUUAAAGCUAGAGAGAAGCUAGCAAUUGCUCAGAAUGCAAUGCAUAACAUGCCUAGCAAUGAUGAAGCUAUAAGGAGAGAAAGGGUUUUUUACCAAGCAAAUAAGGCCAGAAGAGUUAAUAACAGGAUUCAUGCUAUACACAAUAGUGCAGGGGAGUGGCUUAAUACACCUGAAGGGGUUCAGGAAGCUUUUCUGAGUUUUAAUCAGAACCUAUUUGCUGAAAAGCCUCAACAGCAAAAACUCCUUGAUAGCCUGGUGAAUAGAGGGAAGAAAUUGACUGAAAUCCAUUUGAGGAUCCUCAAUGCCCCAGUUACAAGAGCAGACAUCAAGAGGGUAAUCUUCAGUAUACCAGAUGGGAAGGCUCCAUGA